GAGAGAGGCAGAGAAAAUAGAGGAGAGUGGUCCUGCGGAGAAGCAGGUGUGGUUAAUGAACAGUCUGUAACCCAAUGGGAUGCUGGUGAAUCAAACAGAGUCUUCACAGCCAUGGAUAACACCAGAACACAAGAUGCUUUUUCACAGGGCCCCCAGUAGAGCACAUGCACAAUGCCCAGGUUGUACAUUCACCAAAAUAUCUGCGAAGCUGAACCGAGCCUGAGAAAAACGUCUUGAAGGUUUUUUGUGAAAUCUUUUUAAAAUUUGAUUGUAUGUCUUCCUGGGACUUUUCAUCCAAGUCUUCUGAGGGCUGAUGGACCAUGGAACAGUUGUCAGCCCUUUAGCAUUUCCACCCCACUUUGUUUUAAUUAACCACCUUAAAGUGUUUCUUCCCCAUGGCUUUCCCAUCCAAUUUCUGUUAGACUUUUAGUUAAGGGCCACCUCUCUUAGAUGAUCUUUUCUUUUCCAGGUCUUUUCCAAGGUAGCAUAAAGCAGAUUUUCACUGGGUGUAUACAAACAUAUAUAUGUCAACAGAUCAAUUCCAUUUAGAUAAGGAUUCCGUAUCUUCUGAUCUAUUUAUUCAUAGACAUGUACACAGGCUCAGGAGGUGCUCCUGUAGCUUUGGAGAUGGGCUGUUUUCAUUGGAUGACAAAAAGGAAAUCUGAUUUUCUCUGGGCCUUGUAGGUCUUGGAAAUCUGCUCCUUCCAUGUCGGUGUUGGGUGGAACAGAGGAUUUGUAAGGCAGUUCAGCUUUCUUGGUUCUGCUGUUGUUUUGAAUUAAAUGUUUGCAGGUUCUGCAGAACUGCCAGUUGAGAUGUGCUGGUUUGCAUGGCAAGCUGUGCUGCAUGCAUUUCACUCCAGUUCAUAUUCUAUAUUCCUACAUAUUUUGAGGCCAGCUCUUUAGGAUUUUUUUGUUAUGGUACUUAAUCACUAGUGCAUAAUAUAAUAAAUUGAAUUAGAGUAUGUUUGAGCUCCUUUAUCUCCUACUGAAAGUGGCAGAAUUUCAGGUGUUUGUAGGGAAAUCAAGCUACUAUUUGAUUAAUACCUUCCUUGAAUAAAUGUUGGCAGAUAUUAUUCAGACAGCUCUAGAUCUGAACAAAUAAUGCAAAACAUUAUUACAGGUGCAUAAUUUAUUUGAUGAAUAGCAGUGCGGUUUGACAAAUAAUAUUAGUCUGUUGCUAUGACUGGCUACAAAAGAUGGUAUUGCCACAUAUGAAUGUCACAUCGGUCAUCUUUAUUGACAUUGCAUGGAAAUUACAAGGGAAGGUUUUUUGGAUACCCCUCAGUUAUAAGAGACAGCCGCUCCCCUGCAAACAUAUGGGACCACAUGGUACCUUCUGGGCCAAGUUUGAACGUGGUGAAAGUGAAUCUGUAAGGAGAUGAAAGUUGGUAACACAGAACUGGAAGUCUUAGGGCAACCCAGAUCACAUCUGCUGUCCUUAAAAUCACAUAAAUGACACGUUCAGCAUGCAGGCAAUGUUCUGUGUGGGACGGUGAAGAAGGCAAAUGUCCACAAUAAAGUAAACCAGUGCCUUUGAUUUAAAAAGAAAAAAAAAAAAAACAACCUUUUUUCUUUAGAAUCACAGCUCAGAGAAGGAAGCUGCUACUUGAAAUUUCAUAAGAGGUCCAUCACUGCAUCGUAUCCUGGCACUUAUUAAGUUUCUCCACUGUAUUUGGUUUGCAAAAGUGAUGUGUACUGUAGCUGAAAGGCACUGAGUGAGCAGAAAGCCCUCAGAGGCUUUACCUCUAAGCCUCUUCAAUCUGCUUUUGUAGAUGAAAACUAAAAUCUAUUAUUAAAUUCUAUGUUUAAAAACCUGAACUUCAAAAUGAACGAAAGUGUUACUCUAUGCUGGAUCAAAAAUACCUCAGGCAUGUGUGUUGAAGCUGCACGUUUCUUGUGUGGACAAAUGGCUUUCAGUCAGAUGAAUGCCAAGAAAUUCAUGAGACCUCUGUAAAGAAAUACCCAUAGUCAUGACUUGGCUCCCCCCCUCGUUCUGAGUCCCCUUGGCUCUUGGAGGGCUGACGCUGGUGGUGCUGUGGAGUGCUGCUUCUGUGCAGUGCGGAGGAGGGCCCUCAGUGCAGCAGCAGCCACAGCUGGUUUGGCUCUUACUCCUCGUAACAAGCAGAGCAGAAUGUUUCACAAUGUUAAUGUUUAAUAAGGACAAAUGUAAUGACUGCUUAGCAAUAGCAAUGAAAAUCUUGACUGGGUUAGAAUGGAAACAUCUCCUCGUUUGUACAGAAAGCAGGAUUUCUGCAUGACUUGGCUUUGCUGUCAUGGGAAGUGAUAGAGCUCAGUGCAUGUUAGAUAUGAUCUUCACCUAAGUGAACCCAAAAUAAGGUCUCACUGAGUCAUGUUGCUAUUUGCAAUAAUUGUGAUCCCACGUGUAUGGAACUGACUAACAACUCUGCAUCUCCAUGGGUGUUUGAGUCUUUCUGCAUUAGACGACUACUGUCAUGUUAUUAUGAUUCAGGUAGUAUGGUCUGUGGAAUAAAAACGAGCUGAGCAAAAAUCAUGUAGCUCACAUUCCUCUAUUGGUAAUGGAGAAAAAGAGACAGGUCUUACAUGUGCUGAAUUGUCACCUAGAGGCUCCCAGGGGGCUCUGCUGACUGCAGAAGAGUCACAGUGACCCUCUGGUCAGCUGGGGGAGGUGAGCUGGUAUGUGUGUGCAAAAGUGAGCAUAGGAACAGACACAGGAGGAUAUCAGCUUGUCCUAUGCCUGAGUGGUCUCCCAUGCUCUGCACGACAUCUGCAGAUCUGUUCAAUGAGCUGUAAAUGACACCUCACUGUGUGAUUUUAGCCCCACUCUCGGCUGAUGCUCAGAAGAUUUGGAGACCUUUCUCAAGUCUUUACAGAAAUAUUUGCCCUGGCAUUCAGACUACCUGCAGCACCAGACCUCUUAGGGCCUCCGUGAGGUGAGGAGCAGCAGGAAGCCCUGGAAGGGUUAAGUACUGCAGGGGCAGCUGCUCAAGAAUAAGCCAGAAAUCUCUUAUCUUGCCACCGAACACAUUUUAUACUGUAUUUGGGCCAAAAAUAUGAACACUUCACCCUGCAGAGUAAUGGGUGUGCAAAGAAUUUCUGGAGCCCCACACUCUUCCUUCAAUUGUGAGCACUGAUUUUUCUUUCGAAGCAGCUGAGUGGCUACGCUGAAAUUUGGGUGGGUGAUGAAAAUUUAAUCUGUAUUAAACAAAACUUCUUUAACCUGGCAGGCAAAAGAACGUAUUGUCAAUGCAAUCUCAGGCGUUUCCUUAACGUGAAUGUUUUAUAACAAAGAAGUAAUUUUCCUUUUCUCAGCCUUUGUUUUUUUUUUCAUCGAACCCUCUAUAAAACCGUUCUGUUUGGUUGCACCAGUCACUUUCCAUUAGGCAAUGCAACACGAUCUGACUUGGUGGCCUUUCUGUGGAUAAUUUGACAAAACUCAUUUCUUUGCAACAAAAAAAAAAAACCAUCGAAAAUAAACACAAAAAUGAGCAUUACAAAAAUUGUGAUGAGCUGAAAGAAAAGCCCUGCAGGCACAAAGCCAUAAAGGUCAGGAUCUGUUCCUCAAGUCUCUCCACAAGUAAAAUACCACUCUAACACAUGGCUGCCAAAAACCUGAGCAGGCUGGACAGACCUCUGACAAGCAAUUCUGACUGAUCUCAUAAGCUGAAAUGUGCCUUUAUUUUUGUCUCUGUUGUCUUUUGAAGUGUACCCCCCCUUUCCCCCCCCCAUCGCUUACAGAUGUGCAGAGGGACCCAACAGAGACAGUAAAACACCAGGUCCUGUUGAAAAUAACCUGUACCAAACACAGUGCCUUGUGAGCUCUCUGGGGAGUGCAUUAACUGCCAGCAGUCACACUGACUAACCCACCUUCCUCAAUCUGCAAAAUGCAAAAGGACUUUCUCUUUUCCAAACAUUUCUCUUCAUGUAUUAUUAAGAAAACUAAGAGUCGUUCCCUGUUGUUUCCAAGGCUUAAACAGAGCUUCAUCCUAGUGUGAAGGAGACCUUGGUGAGCAUCAGCAGAAUGAAGAGCUGAAUAUUUUGUAGAGCUGAGAAUGCACUCAUUUCUGCAAAUUGUAUGUCGUAAGAGAAACCUUUUGAGAAUUUUCAACAGCACAAAGCAGAAACAGCCAUUACGAGAGAAUGUUGGUGUUUGGGAUGAGCUGUGGUAAGGAUCCUUAGUCCAGGGUAGAAUAUUUGCCAGAAAGAUGGACCUUGAAGUGCCCCGUGCUCAGUGUACUGCAGAAUGGAACCUGCUUGCCUGAGGACAGGUUGGAAGCUGAAACUGCUGUGAUUUUUUUGUCCAUUCUUAGGAAGCAUUCCCAAGAUGCAUGCAAUACGUUGUGUUGUUGAACACCACAGUGGAAUUCAGUAGCAAACUGAGCUCCUCCAUUACAUGACUCGUGUGCUGAAGUGAAGGAGGUGAAUCCUUCUCCUGUUUAUUUGAAUCUGAUUGUGUCUUUGACACAGGGCUAUGAUGUUCUCUUUACGUUAUCAUUUUCAUAGCGAUGCAAAGUCUUUGAGUGUUUUACCUUGCAAAAGAGCCCAACGGUUGCAGAAAAUACCACCCAACUUUCUGCCAGGAACUGCAGCCCUGUAUAAAUAGGAUCUUGCACUUUGAAGCUGGCAGAAUUUAGCCCUAAGGAAACUAGAUUUUCCAACUCACAUAUAUCCACAUUCUUGUUAGCUUACACAGAGCCUGUUCAGUGAGGAAUUAUCUUGUUAAGAUCUAAUCAUGUACAGUGUAGGUGUGGGGUAAAUAUAUGGCCUUCUAAAAUUCAAAUACAGACUGUGGAGGUGAUUGUAGGAACCUUGUGUGCCUCAGCAUGUGCGAAGGAAGUACCAAACUGCUUUCUGGCUUUCCUUGCUGUUCACACUGCAAUUUGCUGCCAGGAGCUAUGCUGUAAGUUACCUUGAUAUUAGCACUGAGGAUUCUGAGGCUUUAAAAACAAAGUAUUUCUUCUUCCUUUACUCCUGGUUUUAUCCGUUGGCUGUAAAAUCAUUCAGAUUGAUCAGAAACAGGUUCACGUGCUGGAAAUUGGUUAAGCCAGGAAAAAAUCCUCAAAAUUAUGAACAUGGUGAAAAAUAAAGAAGUGAGCAUUGAAGGAGCUUUGCAUUUGGCACAGAAAGAAGGGUACGCCGAUAAGGACUCACAGGAUUUGCUAACUGGCUCACUGUUUAACUACAGUAUCUACAAAUACAAACACUAUCGGUGGCAGAAACGAAUUUUGCAGAUUGAUUUCAACACAAAGACAAUUUUUAACAUUGAAAAAGGAAUUAUUAAGAAGCAGUUCCCUUUCUCGCAAGUCAAAUCCUGUGAAGAUACUGAAAGAAGACGUUUCAGCAUUGUGUUUCAUGGGAGACAAGACUAUGAGCUGGAAGCAGUGUCUCUUGAUGAUAAAAGGAAGAUAAUGUACCUGUUGAGCAGAGUGAUGCAGAGUAACUCAUGCAGGAGGCCGGGGGAGCCCUGCUUGGAGAGAGCUGCAGAGUGUGACGUGGUGCAUGAAGGAGUGCUGGAUUUGCAGCAGAAUGCUUUUAUGUCCACUGAAUGGGUGAAGUACUUGGUACAACUACGUGAAGGAGAACUGACUUUAUAUUGCAUAGGUCUGGGAGCAGAGAGCAAGAAUGCAUGCCCUGCGAUGAACACAAUUCACUUGUCAGGUGGUAAUGUGAGUGUCAGCAAGGAGAAUGAAUGCGGUACCUUUUUGGUCCAGACCAAAGGACACAAUUAUCUGUUUCGAAUACCCUUUACUGUCCAAAAUUACAGGACAGAGGUUGUUAGCAAGCUCCGGAAUGAAUGGGUGUCUCUCAUAGAAAGGUACUGUGAGCUGUGCAAGGGUGGUUCUCUGUCCCAGGAGGAAUCCCAAGGAGACACCUCCUCUGAAGCUGAUUAUGAGAAUGUUACUGUAGCUCUGAAUGAACAGAAGGAGGAGGCCCUCCAUUUCGGUGUGAGUGCUGCAGCAACAAGUCUGAACAAGCGUUCAAACUCACAGACAAAGCCUGUGAAGGGAGACGUAGCCCCAGCAUCAGCAUCUACUCCAGUUCCCAUAAGUAAGGUGGAGGUGCCACCAGCCCCACCCGCGUUCUUCCAGUCCUGCAGCCUUUCUCCCUUGGCAAAGAGAACCAAAGCCUUUCACUGGGAUGUUGUUCCUUGUGACAAGAUUCCAAAAUCCAUUUGGGGUUCCUGUGACCCAGCCAAGAAAAAGAUAGAUGCAUCCAGACUCUGCGAGCAGUUCCAGGUCCAGGACGUGGCGGUGUUUUCAGGCAAUGAACCUUCAGUGAAUCAGCACAUCAUGUUAGACAGAAAAAUUGCACAUAACUUCAGCAUUUUUCUUAAAAGUUUCCGUGUAAAACCAAGUGAGCUGAAAGAAAAGCUGUACAUUAUACAUGAAGAGAGUGGUGGCCUUACAGAUGAACAGAUUACGACGCUACGAAGAUACAUGCUAACACCGAAGGAUGCAGAGAAGUACCAGUCGUUCCGGGGGUGCCCCUCUGAGCUGCAUAUAGUCGAUCAGUUUAUGUUGGAGCCUUCUCUGUUCAAUUCUAUACAGAUGUGUAGAAUCCCCCACUUAGGCCAGAGGUUGGAUCUCCUGCUUGCCGUACGUGAACUCCCUGUGAGCAUGGGAGAUUUGGAGCCUCUGAUAAACCAGAAAAUCCAAGCAAGUAAGCAGCUGCAUUCCAGCCAGAAAUUUAUUGCUGUCUUGGAGUACAUUUUAGCCAUUGGAAACCAUUUAAAUGAAAAUGCGGGAAAAGAAAAGGCAAAAGGAUUUCGACUGUCAUCUUUGACCAAAUUAUCUCUGCUGCGGGGCAAGGAGAGGACGUUCACCUUGCUUCAUGCCCUUGUGGAACAGCUCUCCUUACAUGAACCUGAUCUGGUGAAAUUUGCUCAGGAGCUGACAGAAUUUGAGGCUGUUCCUGAUGCUUCCAUGAAGGGCCUAAGUGCUGAAGUUGAUGUUCUAAAAAAGGAGUUGGAAAAUGUUACUCAGUGCAGGCGGCUUAUCAAACCCAGGACAACCAAGGCAAUGCCCCAGGAGUCACAGUUCUGCAGGGAACUGAAGGAUUUGAUUCAGAAAUAUGAAGGGGAUCUAUCCCAGCUGUCAAAAAGAUGUGAAGAAAUGAAGAAGCUUUAUAGCAGUGUGCUGGUAAAAUUUGGGGAACCACAAGACCUGGACUCUCAGGAGCUGUUUGGAUGGAUAUCUACAUUCAUCAGUGAGUUUAGGAAGGCCUGUGCUGAAGUCAUGCAGUAAGGACAACACUACUCAUAAAAAGGGGAGAGCAAAGUGUAGGAAACUACAUUUAAGUUAAUGGUUUUGAAAAUUGGCCUGCCAAUAGGGUGCACAUACCAUACAGUUUGUAUAGCAGUAUAAUUUGUUUUAAAGAUGUAUUCAAUUUAUAAAGUGUAGUUUUGCAAGUGGUAUCAGACCUGUGGCAUUGCAGGUUGCUUAUGAGACUGCUUCACUUCUUUCUAUGUAUGCACCUAGAGAUACCUGGACAUUUAGAAAGGAGACACUCUUGCUAUUUUGUAAUUUCUCUUCUGCCUGAAUUUCAGCUGUCACUGUCAGUGAAUAAAUUUACAUAUGGUGAUCUAAUUUUUAAUUAUUCUUUUUCUGUAGUUUAAAAAAAACCAAAAACAUUUAGCAUAAAAUCUCGAUUGUCUCCAGCCAUCAAAGCAGUGCAGCUUCAGUAUUUAAUGAAGAACCUGAUAGGUGGUUUCCCCCAAAGUAGUACAAUAAGGCAUCACUUUUUUAGGGCUAAAAUACUGUGGAAGUCAAUCAGUGUGUGAAAUUCGCUUUGGUAGGAAGAGAAUAUCAGAGAAAUGAAAUAAAAACAUGUCAGGCAUCCAAGUAACGCACAGUGAAAGUAAUUAUGGAUGGUUUUCAAAAGUGAAAAUACUUUUGUUGCACUUGUUGGCUUUUCCGUAUUUUUAAUUAAAAUAACUACUUGCAGCUCAAAAAUACAAGAAAAGGAAGGCUGUAAAUGCAAAGAUAAAAAGGGAUGUGUUCAGCACUGAAAGCAGAAAAUAAUCCUAUGAAGCCAUUGAUAAAACAUUGUAUUUUCUCUACCAGUUUUACAGCAUUGUUCCAUAAAAUGUGAAUUCUGUGACUCCUUUUAGAUCUGCCUGCCCAAGUCUCUCAGUAUUUUUGGCUUUGACAGAAAGUACAACAGAUAGAAAUGCUGAACAGUCUCCUAGGCUUCAAUAUUGAAAGAAAUUAGAACUAUCCUCUCUGAAAGGCUGAGAUACAUCUAAGCCUAAAAUUGCUUUAUUAGAGUGCCCUCUCCAGUGCCAUGUGAGAUUUCUUCCUAUCCAGAUGCCAGGCAUUAUGCAGGUGUGCUGAAGAGCAAUGAUGUAGCUGCUCUUUCAGCUGUGUUUGGGUAAAAGGCAAACCUGGAGCCUCCUGUGAAUGCGGGCAUCACUGUGUAAUACAUCUGCCUUAAAUCCACCUCUCAUCCCAGGGGAGUUUUGAAAAACUGAGGAAGAAGCUCAGUGGACUCAAUAGACACCCCCACACCAACCAACUAACAAAAAAAAUUGAAGAAGCAAAUAGAGGAAUCUUGUUUCAGAUGCAACAUACUUGAUUUCUACAAUGCCAAUGUUUUACUCGGGUCAGCAUCAGAAUAGUGACACCUGGCUGACACUGAAGUCAGUGGUGUCUGUAUAUCAGGACCUAUAACAUCUGUGUGUGUCAGGAGCUACAGCUGAAGAUCACUCUGUUUUGGCUAGAAGAGGAAAAUUCAAUUCCUCUUUAAUUUCUUGCAUCUCUGUAUCACAGUGCACUGCCCAGAGCUCAUAUGUACAUCAUUAACAACACUUGCAGUUUUUGAUGUGUGUUAUUCCCACUCCAAAAUCGGAACCAUCUUCAUUUAUAUGUGAAUCAUGUAAGAAAACCCUGCAUACAAGUGCCAUUUCCAUGGUAUCUGGAUCCCUGCAUCCCUGAGCAGCAUUUGUGAUGGUCAUGAUAAGUUUCAUGUUUUUCUGCCAUUACUUUGGCUCAGGAGUCCUGGGAAGUCUCCUUUAACUAAGUAGUUUUCUCUUUUUUCUUUCUCCUGACUCUCUUUUCCCCCCAGCCUCUUUUCUGUCUUAUUAUACCUAACAGCUUGUACUUGUUUUAUAGCCCAGCUGGCAUGGCUUCUUCCAAUUAAAAAUAUAUUUUACACAGUA